AUGCCCGAGCUCUUCCGUCCUGCGACUAGAUACGAAGGGUGUGCCACUUGUGGAAAGACGCCAGACCAAGGUGCUGCACUUCGCGUCUGUAGCGGAUGUCGUUCUGUCUCCUUCUGUGACAAGGCAUGCCAGCGAAAGGGCUGGCGUCAGCACAAGUCUGUUUGCCGCCGAGCGCAAGAGCACAGGGGAACUGGGCCUCAUUCCGCCAAACCCUCGUCUUCCCCACCUGAGCAUUGCCUUCUGCGCGAUUUCGCUGGUUGUCACAGGGAGACGUUCGCGAUCAUAACUCACAGUGCCCUCAUCUCCUACGCCCUCACCGAACCCGGAGUCUCUCUCGAGACUCUCGACUGCUCCAACCUCUACGUCUACAUCACACUCUCUCCCCGCUUAAAUCAUGACGGUAAUCCUGCUCUCGCAUUCAUCGUACUCAACAUCGGCAUGUUGCAAUUCGACGACGUCAACGUCAAGCUCCGCCAGCGGAUCGAGCUCAAGCCCCAGACCGUGAAAGUUAUCCACGAGGCUCGAAUCGAGAAGUGGGGAACGAAGUUGGCGAAGCGAGGUAUUCUCUUGGUCUUGCACGCACCAGAUCUCGGAAUCACUGUCCGCUACGACACCUAUAUCAGGGAGACGAAGGGUCCUACGACUCCGGACAGCAAGGAUCCGCGGUUCAAAUUUGAGAUGUACAAAGUUUGUAUUGCAGAGGGGCUGGUAUUGAAGAGUUCCAUCGGAGAGUUGGAGGAGCCGAGAGGGUUUGGGAGGAUGGUGAAGGGGAAGGGGAAGGAUAAGAAUUGGACGUGGGUCCUGGGAGGUCGUGCCCCCGAGUGA